AUGUCCUACCGAAUGAAAGUUCCGGUGGAGGCUAGUGAUUCUAUUCUCCAAGCUGAGGAAGUUCCGUUGAAGGAGCAACCGAAGAAUUGCACCACUCCCUGCAAAGAUGGAAGAAAACACGUCAAACUGCCACCUUUCAUGAAGCCCAGCGGUGAGACGCUAGAAGAAUUUGACCCUGACGUGGCUGCCCAAGAGGGGGAUAUUUUAGUGCCUGAGGACAGAAACGCGGUGAAAACUUUGUGGAAAAAGAAAGGCCACCAUGUCCCCGUCCCUUACCUGAUCUCUGAUGAUCUACGUCACCGAACUAAUGAAAUACUUGAGGCUUUUAAAAUGAUAUCUGAGCGCACCUGCAUUAAGUUUCAUAGACGCACCUCAGAGAGCGAUUACCUGUGGAUAAUUCCUGGACGAGGCUGUGCGUCCUAUGUGGGCUUUCAGGGACACGCCCAGUCUGUCUACUUCGCCCAGUCCUGUUCCGUAGGCAAUCUGUGUCAUGAGCUGUUGCAUGCUUUAGGGCUUCACCACGAGCAUACACGCACGGACCGCGACGACUACAUCACUGUGCACUGGGACAGCGUCAUCAACGGGAAAGAAAAUAACUUUUUGGUGAAAAACGGGGACACACUAAACCUGCCUUAUGAUUUGGAUUCCAUCAUGCACUAUGGAAAAUAUUACUUCUCUUCUGACUAUCAGCCUACUAUUGUGCCCAAAAGAAAACCAGCUCACAUUGGCCAGCGGACUCAUUUGAGUGAACUAGAUGUAGAACGGCUGAGGAGACUAUAUCGAUGUGGUACUUUGAACAAGUCACUGUAUAUGGACUCAGGACACCAAAAACUGCAACACAUGAAACAUGUGGGAAAGGAUAGAAACGGGAAGCACCAGAGAGCUCGGGGACAUGACACUACUCACAUCAGAAAUGUUACUAAGACUGAUUAA